AUGCAAGACCCGAAGCCAUUCAGGAUCGACGCAGAAGGUGGCCCAGACUUUUAUAACGCACCACUGAAAGCCGAUGGGAGUGACUACCCAUGUAAAGGGUUCCACCUAACAGCGGGAAUGGGUGCCCCAGUAAAGCAAUGGUUUGCUGGGGAGAUUGCAACAUUUACGAUCGAUAUGAAGGGUGUGGCUGCACAUAACGGCGGGAGUUGUCAAGUAUCGAUAUCAUACGAUAUUGGAAGAACGUUUAAAGUUUGGAAGUCAUUCAUUGGCAACUGCCCACGCGGAGCAGUUGAAAACGAACUUACGACCUCAAAUCAGACAUAUGAGUUUCUUAUCCCACAAGGAACACCGAGUGGAAAUGCGAUAUUUGCGUGGACAUGGUUUACAGUAACCGGUUUCCGAGAGAUGUAUAUGAAUUGUGCCCACGUCGAGAUCAUUAACGGCGGUGAUGGCCUGCCAGGAGUAUACCCUGCAAUGUUUAUCGCGGGUCCGCAGGUUGAGAAUGCUGUCAACAAAACUCGUUGGGUUGGUGCACCGCCUGUAGGGUUAUGUCUGGAUCCUCCGGAGAUCCCAAAGAAGGCGCUAGUACCAUUUAUGCCUCGGGGCAGAACUCGCAGGGCGCUAUUGGAGCUGGAUUAUGCGUGGUCAAAGACUAGACUUUAG